AUGGCCGGCCAACAUCAGCUGUCAUCUCCGCAGACGGAGAUGCGUUCGGCUAUAACACUGCUAGAUCUUGACGACGACGUCUUGAUCCAUGCCGUAUCCGAUCUCUCAACGAACGAUGCGCUCAAUUUCUCACUCGUCGCGCGAAGGGUCCACCUGAUCGCAAAGCACCAGGCGCUUUCGUGCGUGACCAUGAAGUCAAUCAAAUGCGUCUCCCGCAUCUGCACGUACAUGCUCGCCGACGUACCCGGUCGCCUCAAGUGGAUCCGCAGGCUCUCAGUAUCGGUCUUGCCUCCCCGUCCAUUGCCACUUCGUGUCCAGUCCAAACGUCCUGAUUAUGUUCGGAACGUCCAAGAAGCCACCGCAUCCAUGCAUCUCCUUGUGUUGCUCGUGCGACAUGCUACUGCGCUUAAGUAUCUCCAUCUAAAAUUCGUUGAUCAGGUCCUAGCAUUCCAGCCUACCCUCAUUGAUGUCUUAUCUUCCCUUACAAAUGUGGCGGAGCUAGAACUCCUCCAUGCCUGUGGAGCAGAGACAUUCAAGUUACUGGAUAGACUCCAAUGCCGCCCGCGUGGCCUCUUCUUGCAGAUUGGUCCGGAAAUAAUUGACAAAGACGCUUUAUUCUCUCACAUCGGUAAAUGGCAGCAGUUACAGACGUUGAGACUGGUUGGGUCGAACAUUAUACAAGAUCAACGCGACAGCGACACGGAUCUUACGAAGUGUUUCAUGAGCGACUUACCCCAUUCAUGGCCCGACGUCACCAAUCUCUCUCUGGCACGAUGCGAAAUUGCGCUUCCCGCAAUACUUCGCGCCUUCCCCAAUCUCCACGUUCUGACGAUCAUGGAAUGGUCAAGGGGUCCGUGUUUCUCAAACCCUAGUCGACCAGUAUAUCUGAGCCAAACACGCGAACAUGGUCUCGAAUUCGUCGAGGGCAGCGCACACUUCUUUCAGAACUGGCCGUCUGCGCGUCCUGUGUAUCACAUCCUUAUCCAAUCCGUACUUGCAAUCCCUAUUAUCUGGGACGCGGUCGGUCCUACACGCUGCGGCGAUCCGGACAUCCCAAUCCUGCUACAGAUGGUGUGCCGUGCCAAGCCCGUUGUGCUCACCUUACGUGCCAUGGCGUUCAAAUCGUUGCAGUCCACGUUUUGGGCGGGUAUGGCAGCUGAAGCGACGAGAUUGCGCUGUCUCGAGGUCGAAAUAUGUCUAUUCAGGGAAACCGAAGGGCUUACUACCCUAUUUCUACAGUGGAUGCAAACCGUCCCCGCUACUCUCUCAAAUGUGUCGUCUCUAUCCUAUGUCCAGGUCUGCAUCAACGAUCAAAUCUCAAGCUCUAUGCGGAGCGAUAUCGUUUCAGACUUCGACGGAAGUCAAGCAACCGCGGAGGCAAUGGCGUAUGCUCUGGUCGGUCAUAUUCCGUCUCUUGAAUACGUCUCAAUAGUAUUCGGGCGGAUGCCACUCGACUGGUCCUCGACCCUAUACAUCGAACCGUUCCACGGCCUGCUAUGGACGUGGAAAGUAAACAAUAUCAGUGGAGAGCGAACGUUGCUCCCCAUCUCUGCGACCCUUGCAUCGAUAAUCAAGGAGCGCUUGAAAUCCCCAGCUGGAAUGGGGCAUGGACACCUGGAGGAAAUGUUCAAAGAGAACUCGAGCACUAGUAGAAACGAUGUUUCCAGUACACAUUCAUUCGCCAUCCCAGACUCGGAGGUUAUCCGUGUACCUGCUGAUCCCUCCUUUAAGGGCACAUGA